AUGAGCAGCAGCUGCAGCAGGCUGUCUCCCGUCUGUCGCUGCUGCUGUGCCUGCGCGCGGCUGCUCCUCUUGCCGCUGCAGCAGCAACAACUGCAGCAGCAGCAGCAGCAGCUGCAGCAGCAGCAACAUCCUCAACGUGGCCCGCGUCGACUCUCCGCAGCAGCAGCAGCAGGAAGGGGAGCCUCCUCCCCCUCAUCCUCUACAGCAGCACUAAGCCCUUCAGACUAUGCAGCAGCAGCAACAGCAGCAGCAGCAGCAGCAUCAGAGGCAGAGACAGACACAUUGUCUCCUGCUGUCUCCUCUUUGCUGCUCAAGUUAGCGUACGGGCAGCUGCUGGCAGCAGCAGACGCUGCUGCAGAUGCACGCCGGGUUGCUGCUUCCACUGCUGUAGUGCUGCAACAGCAGCAGCUGCUGCAGCAACAGCAGCAGAAGCAGCAGGCAGCAGAUACGGUGCCCUCAAGCUUCAGCUUGCCGCUGCUGCUGCCGCUGCUGCUGCAGCUGCUGCGAGACACCCUGGAGAUGCCGUCUAUACACCCCAAGGUGCUGAGCGUCCCCGCGUUGUAUUGCUGCCUCGUUUCAUGCGUUAGCGAGCUGCAGCAGCAGCUGCAGCAGGACUGCAGCUGCUGCAGCUGCUGCUGCAGCAGCGUUUCCAGCUGCAACAGGAGCAGCUGUAGCAGGCGCAGUAGAAGCAGCAGCAGCAGCAGCAGCAGCAGCAGCAGCAGCGACUGGAGCUGCGUUGAGGGGGCUCUAUCGUUACUUGAGCUGCAACGGCUCUACGGGGUUGCUGCUGUUUGCUGCUGCAGUUUGCUGCUGGGUGCUGUUGCUUCGAUGCCGUCUGUCUUUUGUAUGGACAACGGCUUGCUGCUGCAGCACGUUCCCUCUACUGCAGCAGCAACAGCAGCAGCAGCAGCAGCAGCAACGGCAGCAGCAGCAGCAGCAGGUCCUGACGGCGUCGCUAGACAGAGCAGCAGCAGCGUCAGCGGCAAGGCCCAAUCAAAUCCUCCGCCACGAACAUGCAGCAGCAGCAGCAACAGCAGCAACAGCAGCAGCAACAGCAGCAGCAUCAGAACGCACUGGGAAGAAGACAGGACCUUGGGGCUUGUACAUAAGGCUGCUACGCUGCUGCAGCUGCUUCUAUCUCGGCCUCGUUGUUUGCUGCUGCAGCAGGAUGUGUUGAAGGUGCUGCAGCAGCUGUUGCAGCCACGUUGGGUUGCUGCUGCUGGAACGGGUGCAGCAUCAGCAGCAGCAGGAGGAAUAAGGGGCCAAGCAGCAGCAGCAGCAGCAGCUUCUGCUGCUGCCUUCGCUCUUGCUGCUUGUGUUGCUGUGCGGCUCCUCGAAUUCAUACUUGAGGUUAUACAGCACCUACAGACAGAGGCUCGCCGCACGGCGGUGGCGCUGCGGGGCCAGCAGCAGCUGCUGCUGCAGCAGCUGCAGCAGCAGCAGCAGCAGCAGCAGAGACAGCAGCGGCAAAAGCAGCAGCAGCAGCAGCAGCCUCUCGCGCGGAGAAAUACACUUGAAGGCUUGCUUAUGAACGCGCCCGCCAAGGUGCAGCAGGAGCAGACAGUAGACCCAGCAGCAGCAGCAGCAACAACAGCAACAGCAGCAGCAACAACAGCAGCAGCAGCAGAAGAGGCUUAUUCUCUUUGCUGCAGCCUCACAUGCUUAAGCAGCUCCUUUGUAGAGUUCCUAGGCACCCAGCUGCGGCCUGUCUUUAUGCGGGCGCUGCUGCCUGCUGCAGCAGCAUUGCUGCCGCUGCUGCUGGACGCACACACACACCAGUCUCCUGCAUCAGCAGCAGAAGCAGCCGCCGCAGCAGCAGCAGCAGCAGGAGGGAAGAGGGCCUCGAUGCUUCGUGCUGCAGCAGAAAGCUGGGGGGGAGAAGGCCUCGGGCUGCUGUGGAGAGAUCUCUGCUGCUGCAGCAGGCUGCAGUGGGCGCUGCAGCAAACCUCCUUCUUGCCGCUGCAGCAGCCACCAACUGCUGCGCUGCUGCGGCCGCUGCUGCACCGCGACGCUCUCAUGCAGGGGGUUAGACACCUGGCCAGCAAGCAGCACCGCACGCAGCAGCACCAGCACCACCCCCACGAGCACGAGCACCAGCAGCAGCAGCAGCAGCAGCAGCAGAUGCAGCAGCAGCAGCAGCAGCAGAUGCAGCAGCAGCAGCAGCUGCAGCAGCAGCAGCAACGGGGACACCACCAUCAUCUGCAUAUGCAUGAGCACCACGCGAACGGGCAGGCACAUGACGGCCGUGUGGAGCCAGAUGAGCUGCAGCAGCAGCUGCAGCUGCAGCUGCAGCAGCAGCAGCAGCAACAGCAUCAGCAGCAGCAGUAUUUGGGCACAGCAGCAGCAGCAGCAGCAGCAGCAAAUGAAAGACACGCCGCCACCCCCGCAUGCAACAGCCCCACACCAAGGGGCUCCAGCCGUCGCUUCAGCAGCUGCUUCCCCCCUCAAGACAAAGUGCAGCAGCAGCAGCAGCAGCAGCAGCAGCAGCAGCGGCAGCUGCAGCAUGGCGCAUGCAGCAGCAACAGCUGCAGCAACGCCUUUGAAGUCAUCAGACAAACCCACAGUUUGGGGCCGCUGCAGCUGCAGCAGCAGCAGCAGCAGCAGCAGCAGCAGCAAGAGCAGCAGCAGCAGCAAGAGCAUCAGGAUGACGGCAGCACCGCUGCUUUAGCUGCAUUUGAGCGGGAGUGGGCGUUGCUGCCUGUUGCUGCGCUGCUGGGGUCUGUUACUGCUGCUGCUGCUAGCAGCAGCAGCAGCAGACACAGCAGCCCCGCGGGUCUCGGUGUUUCUGGUGAGGUUGUUGUGAGUGUAUGUACACCUGAAGGGCCCCCAAGAGGUAUUAGGGCCCUCUCUCUCCCUCGUCUGCUGCUGGGGCUAACAAACCAAGACAGCAUGCGCUGUGCUGCUGCACUUGCUGCAGCAGCAGCAGCAGCAGAAACCCGCUAUGCAGAAGCCGCUAGCCUCAUCAGAUACCCCUCGCUGCAGCAGCAGCAGCAGCAGCAGCAGCAGCAGCAGCAGCAGCAGUAUCAGCACCAGGAUCACCAGCAGCACCAACACCCGCACCAGCACCAACACCAGCACCACCAUAAGCAGCAGCAGCAGCAGCAGCAGCAGCAGGAGCAGCUGCAGCUGUCUCUAUUGAGUGAUGCAUGCGGACCCGGGGGUGCAUUCCCUUACUUGAUGAGCUCUCGGCGGCCGCUGUUUGCUCCGAAGGCAGCAGCAGCAGCAGCAGCAGCAGCAGCAAGAGGUGCCAUCUACCUUGCAAGAGACAGCAGCGAGGAACGCGAGCUGCAACAGCAGCAGCAGCAACAGCAGCAGCAGCAGCAGCAGAGUGGUGUUGCGUCGCUGGCAGAGUGGCAGCAGCAGCAGCAGCAGCAACAGCAGCAGCAGCAGCAGCAGCAGGCCGGUCCGCCGGUCCUUACUCCGGUGCUUCGCUCUUUUGGUUUGGGGGCUCGCAGCCUGCCACGGGGUCCUGCUGCAGCUGCAGCAGCUGCUGCUAGUGCUGCUGCUGAUGCAGCUUCUUCUGCUGUAUCUGCUGCUGCUGCACCUGCUGCUGCUAGUGCUGCUCCUGCGCAUGCAUCUGCUGCUUCUGCUGCUGCUCCCUCCACCGCAGCAGCAACUGAGGCACGCGGCACCGAAAUACAACGCCUGGACACCUUAGAGAGACCAGCAGCAGAACUGCAGCAGCAGCAGCAGCAACAGCAGCAGCAGCAGCAGCAGCAGCAGCGACAACAUUCGGGGAAAAGAGGACUACAAACAUUGCCUCUGUUGCUGCGUCUGCAGCAGCACCAGCACGCGGGCUCUGGCGGCCACGGGGGAGCAGCAGCAGCAGCAGCAGCAGCAGCAGCAGCAGCAGCAGCAGCAGCAAGCCAAGUAACGUGUGCUGCAUGGGUACCGCAAGGAGACAGUCUCCUCGUUUCUGAUUCCUCUGGCUGGGCCUUUCUUUUUUGUCUGCUGCGGGGUCCGCUGCUGUCUCCUUCUGUAGUAGCAGAGGCUCUGAGUGCUUCUGCUGCAGCAGCAGCAGCAAGAGCAGCAGCAGCAGAGGGCAGCAGCAGCAGCACCAGUCGCAGCAACAGCAGCAUCUAUGAACUGCAGCAGCAGCGCGCAUGCAGACCUGCUGUUUGUUGGAGGCCCCAUAACAUUACGCAGCAAAUAGCAGCAGCAGACGGCAGCGGGGCCUUCGUGAUCACUCUCGGUGUAGGCGUGCAGCAGCAGCUGCUGCAGCAGGACACAACCCUGAUAGCCGGUGCUGCUGCUCCUCGCAGUUUGCUGCAGCGGCUGGGCUCAGGAGAGACGGCCUGUGGCGACGCAUCGGGUUCUGCUGCUGCUGGCAGUAACCAAUUCAGCACCGUCAGCAGCAGAAACAGCAGCAGCAGCAGCAGCAGCAGCAGCAGCAGCAGCAGCACAGGAGGGGUAUCUAAGGGCCGCAGCAAGAGGAGACCCCACCCACUGAAGCUGCUGGGUAGCCUCCGGGGCCAGGCAAAGGAGGCCUUUGUGUCUCGCGUGAUGCAGUCUAGGCUGUUUGCUUCGAGGUUUCCUGCUGCUGCUGCUGCUGCUGCUGCACUGCAGCAGCAGCAGCAGCAGCAAAGAAGAAACGCAGCAGCAGCGGCCUUCAGGGUAUCGGCGAGGGGCCCCCGCAGCAGCUUGAGGGGUCUAGGGGGCCCCUUGUUUGCUGCAGGUGGUGUGAAGGGUGCUGCAGCAGCAAAGCAGCAGCAGCAGAAGCAGCAGAAGCAGCAGAAGCGUCAACAGCAGCAGCAGCAGCAGCAGGAUGCAGGCGGAGAAGAAGACACAUGGCUUGAGGCCCCCAGCUGGGCCGCGAGUUUGUGGGGUUUAGGUAGCGUUGCUGCAGCAGACACAGAAGCAGCAAAACGCUCAGGUGUAUGUACACCUGAACUAACCCCCCGCUGCAGCAGCAGCUUGCCUUUUAUUGAGGGCCCCUGUCUCUGUGUGUGGCAGCUAACUGCUGUGGGGCCCUCGGGGGCCCCCCGUCUGGUCUCGGUGAUAACCUGCGACGACUUGCUGCACACGCGCGCGCGGCUUGCUGCUGCUGCUGCUGCUGCUGCACCUCCUGCAGCAAAAGCUGCCAAGAAACAGACAGCAGCAGCAGCAGCAGCAGCAGUAAUGCGAGGAGGCAACAGCAGCAGCAUCAGCAACAGCAGCAGCAGCUGGUCUGUUGAAGCAACGCAUGCACCUACCUGUUUCUGUCUGGCGGUGCUGCAGGAGGGCCCCGCUUGCUGCAGGCCUUGUCUUGCUGCUGCAGCGGGGUGUACAGGCAGCUGCUGCAGCAGCAGCCUGACAGCAACAUGCUGCGGCGGCAGCUGUGCUGCUCUCCGCUGCGUUGUAUAUGGAGACGGAGAGGGGACAGUGCAUGCAGUUGAUUUGGGGCUGGAGGAGGAGGUGUUUCGCUGGUCGGCUCACAAGGGUGCUGCUGUCUCCUCUGUCUCUGUCUCUCGUGCAUGCGGCUGCGGCAGUGCUGCGCCUGAGGUCUGGCUCGUCACUGCUGCUGCUGCUGUGUCUCUCGUGCAUGCGGCUGCGGCAGUGCUGCGCCUGAGGUCUGGCUCGUCACUGCUGCUGCUGCUGCUGCUGCUCCCAGCAGCAGCAACAGCAGCAGCAGCAGCAACGGUAGCAGCAGCGGCGGAGAGGGAGGGAUGCUGCUGCGCUGCUGGUCUGUUGUGGGGCUGGGAGAGGGGGGGCCCGUGCUGCUGCAUCAGCUGCAUGUUAGUGCUGCUGCUGUUAUGCCUCGUGGUGUUGCUGCUUCUUGGCUGGGUCCUUCAGGCCGCAGCAGUGCAGCAGCAGCAGGAACAGCAGCAGCAGGAGCAGCAGCAGCAGCAGCAGCAGCAGCAGCAACAGCAGCAGGAACUGGCCCUUCUAAUGCGCUCGCGCGCCUACUAG